AUGGCCGCCGACGCAGAGGCGACAUGCCCCGUCGACCACAAGACGCGUGAUGCGUGGCUUGCCCAGGCACGAGCCGUCGAAGCCUCCAAAGCGCGCGUCUCCGUCGCCGCGGCUGAUUCCAACUCCAUUCCCAACGUCAACUCCAGCUUCAGCGUUGGCUCCGGCUCCGCGCCGGGUGCUGCCACAUGUCCCGUGGACCAUGCGCCCCUGCCAUCGAGAUCCUGGACUCAGACGCUCUCCUCCUAUUUCUGGACGUCGCCCUCGGCGGCUCCAAAGGCACCUGCUCGGCCCGCGCCUCCAUCGUCGCCGCCCACGAGUCUCGACCCGGAUCGUGUCGUCUCCAGCAUCCCUCGAUCCGUGAGCUCCUCGUCCGACGUGCUCCCCGUCGGCCACGGCGCCUCGGCCAACGCCGCCAACCACGAGAUCGAGAGCGGCGUCGACGCCUCGGGCAACUGGGUCUAUCCCUCGGAGAAGAUGUUUUUCGAUGCCAUGAAACGCAAGGGCUACGACGCUCGCGUCGCGGACAUGAAAACCGUCGUUCCCAUCCACAACGCCGUCAACGAGCGCGCGUGGAAGCAGAUACAGGAAUGGGAGGCGCCGUACCUCGCGGCGUCAAGGUGCGGUGGCCCGAAGCUCGAAUCGUUUGCCAACAAAAGCGACCGCAUGACGCCCACGGCGCGCAUCAACACGCUGCUCGGAUACACGUCCCCCUUCGAUCGCCACGACUGGAUCAUCGACCGCUGCGGCACGCGCAUCGACUACGUCAUCGACUUUUACGCCGGCCGCUCCGAUGGCAAAUCCGUUCCGAGCUUCUACCUCGACGUCCGUCCGAAACUGAAUACCUGGGAGGGCGUCAAGAUGCGCACCAGGCGGUGGGUGGGCAUGGCCUGA